AUGACUAACGUGUCUCAGACAAUGGAGACAGAGGAGGACCUCCUCACUUUACUCCACAUCAAGUUUUACCACCCUGAGCAAAACUGUAAAGGUCUCUAUUACUUUCUUCCCUUGGGGACCAGGAGCAGACGCUCUGCCGAUGAUCCUCUCAGGCUGGGUCGUGACAGCUAGGCCUGCACCUAUUCUCUGGUUGACCCCAAGGUGUCCCGCAAACAGCUGGCCCUAAACGCCUACCGUACACCCAAUAGCCCGGACAUGCUGUUCUCCAUUCAGAACCUGAGCCAGAGAGGGCGGCUGUCAGUGAACGGAUCGUCGCUGGACUACCUGGAGAGAAUGGACCUUCCAGACAAGGCUCUGAUCCGGUUCUUAGAGUACGAGAUGCUCAUUAUUCGGGAGUCUGGAGAGGCAAAGACCAGUUUUGAGGUGGACAUGGAGGUGCUGACUGUACCUCCCUCCAGGGAGACGUGCACCUGUGAGUCUGGAAGGGCACCAGUCAUGGACACGGGUAUGAUGACUCAAAACACGGCUGGGUUAAGAGAACUUGGACCUCGGGAAACUGAUAAGACACUCAUCCAUUAUGAAUGAUCACCAGACUGAGCUAAGCAUCAAGACAUUGCUAUCCAUUUGUUACAGUAAAGUUUAAUUUGGUAAUGAUAUUUAUAUUCUAUUGUGAAAUUAUUAAAUUCUUUACUUUGACUUUUGCAAAUAGAUCAAAUAAAUCUAGAACCUUAAAUGUCUGCUUUCAUUUUUGUAAAUAUGAAU